AUGGUGGUAUCUCAGCCAUCAGCACUGGCAAUGGGUGUGUCAUCGAAACAAGAUAAGAUAGUGCUCCGCGGAACCAUGCAAGUCAAAGUUCUCGGACCUAAUAAGGAAGUGAGAAAUGUCCGAGUUCUAGUGGAUUCAGGGAGUGACAUCAGUUACAUACAGAGAAAGUUAGCCGAUGAUUUGAAGCUGAAACCUGUGGGCAAGAGGAUGUUCCAGACAGAAGUAUUUGGUGGUGGUCACGAGAUUGCCGAGAGAAAGGAGUACUCUGUGAAUAUCCAAGGAAUCAACGGAGGGAAAGAAAACCUGCAGAUGCAGAUGUUCUCUCAAGAAUAUAUUUGUGGAGUAUGUGAUCCUGUCCCGUAUGGCCCGUGGGUGAACGAGCUGAUGAAAAUGAAGGUGUACCUUACCGACGUCGCGUCAGACCCCUCCGAGAUUCACAUCUUGUUAGGAUCCAAUCACAUUGGAAGAAUUCUCACAGGGAGGAUGGCUAAAGUUAGUCCAACCAUCAUUGCGACAGAGACAACGGUCGGCUGGUACUUAAACGGAGAAGCGUCCGUCCCGAAACAGCGCACCAUGGCUCAACUAUGUAUUGCGAAGUUGGCCAAGACAGAAGAUAUAAGUGUUCUGUGGGAUUUGGACAUUUUGGGAAUCAAGGACAGUGCAUUGAGGGUCAGCACAGAAGAGCAUGACCAGCAGGUCAAGGAAGAUUUCCAGAAGAAACUGAGGAGAGCAGAUGAUGGCCGGUACGUUGUGAAGUUACCGUGGAUUAGUGAGUCCAUCCCACUCCCUCAUAUCCGUGGAGUUGCUGAAAAACGGCUGCAAUCAUUCCUGGAGGCGGAAGGAAUUGUAGAAGUCUACGCGGAGAAAGGAACAGACCACGAUGGACAUUAUCUUCCGCACCGUCCAGUGUUCAAACCGGAUAGCUUGACUACACCAGUGCGUCCAGUUUUUGACGCCUCUUGUCGAGUUGGGAACCAGCCUUCUCUCAAUCAGUGUUUAGAGAAGGGUCCCAAUUUAGUUGAAAUGAUCCUGCCCAUCCUCCUCAGGUUCCGGAAAGAAAAGGUGGGAGCAAUCUCCGAUAUUAUGAAGGCCUUCCAGAUGAUCCAAGUGGAUGGCGAACAUAGGAAAUAUCAAAGAUUCCUGUGGUGGGAGGAUCAAGGGAAGAAACUUCUCAAAGUGUAUCAGCAUUGCCGAGUUAUUUUUGGAAUGAACUGUAGUCCGUUCAUCCUUGCAGCAGUGCUGGAUUUCCAUCUCUCCCAGGUUCCAGAGAAUGAAAAGAAGACAAGCCUGGAGUUGUUAAGGUCGCUCUACGUGGACAAUUGUGUGACGUCCUUCGACACGUUGAAAGAAUACGAAAAGUUCAAGAACGAGUCCACAAUGAUAUUGGAGAGAGCGAAGAUGGACUUAAGGCAGUGGGAGUCCAAUGCAGAUCAAGUAAUGGAAAAUGAGAUCACAUCUGUAUUGGGAUACAAAUGGAAUAAGAAGAGUGACCAAUUGUAUUGCGAUAUUCCCACCGAGUGGGGCGAAGAAGGUGACCCUGUCAUAACGAAGAGAAGUGUCCUCUCCCUGGCUGCACAAGUUUUUGACCCCAUUGGUUACACGUCACCAGCCGUCCUGCAGUUGAAGUUAUUGUUGCAGGAAUCCUGGGCGCAAGACAUGAAGUGGGAUGAACAAUGGGACGAGGUCAAAAGUGCAAAAGUGACGAUGUGGUAUAAGCAGAUGUCGUCACUGGGAGAGAUCAAGAUUCCGAGAUGGGCUGUAAAUAAUAGUGCCAAAUUACAGCUACACAUUUUUACGGAUGCGAGCAAGGAUGGAUACGGUGGAAUUGUCUUCGUUAGAUGCCAAGAACGGGGAUUGGAAAGUGCUACCGUGCAGUUACUACUUGCAAAAUCAAGAAUCGCACCGUUACAGAAGAAACCAGACCAGAAGAAUGUCACAAUCCCAAGAUUGGAAUUGCUGGGAUGCCUGAUUGGAGCAAGAUUAGCAGAGACGGUGAAAAGAGCGAUGGGAUAUGAAGACAUCCCCACCGUCUACUGGACAGACUCCACCACGGCGCUGGCGUGGAUUCGACGGGACGGAGACUGGGGUACAUUUGUGGGAAAUCGGGUUCGUCAGAUUUUGAAGAUUUCGAACAAAGAAGAAUGGCGCCACGUCCCCGGCAAGAUCAAUCCCGCCGACCUACCUUCAAGAGGAUGCUCACCGACCGAAUUGUUGUUAUCAAAAUGGUGGGAGGGACCAGACUGGCUCAGAGAAAGCGAAGACAAUUGGCAGAAAUCACCAGGGGAAACGGACGAAGAUGAAGUCCUCGCGGAGGUGAAAAGGUCUACGUGGAUGAAAGUGGCCAGAACUGUUCCAGUAGCAUCGUUCGUUGCGAAGUUCGCAUCAUAUAUCAAGAAUGUUCGUGUCGUAGGAUAUGCAGUUCGAAUCCUGAAAGGAAUGGAUAAAGAAGAACUACGUAAAGCAUGGACAAUAGCUGAGCUAAGGGCGGCGGAAGUAGUCCUGUUAAAAGUCAUGCAGGAGCGAUACUUUCCCGACGUAAAGCAAAUCAAUUUGAGAGUCAGUAAAAUGAAGGACGAGCUACUCCACGUUCGUACCAAGUUGGAGUAUAGGGAGGAUACCGAAGCAUUCAGAUUUCCAAUCCUUCAAGGACUGUCCGAUGGUCCAUGA